CUUUAGCAUUCUCGUACCCCUCUCAGGCUUCCCUCAACAAAAGAAUCGAAAAGGUAACCCCAUUCAUUGUCUUCACUCUUUAGCAUUCUCGUACACCCACCAAGACUUCUAGAGAGAGAAAUAUAAAUGCCUGUCCUACUCUGACGCUCCGGCGAAUCAAACCACCUCGUUCUCUGUUCCCCACCGGUUUCACGGCCCAAAAUGGACGACCCCGGCAUUAUCCGAUUCCCGGGGACCCUCGAUCCUUGCGCUCAAGAAUUCUUCCCGACGAAUAACCCAUUCUCUUCUCUGUUUCCGCCGCCCUGCUUCCCUCAUUUCCCUUUAAAUCGCCCGCCGCCGCCGUACUACGAUGGCUCUGUUCCUGCUCCCCCGCCGUUGCAGAGCCCGGACCUUCCCCUGCCGACCCCGUCCCCGACUCGGGCGCUUCUAAUCAGCAUGGUCUCCCCUGACGUCAGCGAGUCGAUGGUACGGAGGGAGAUGGAGGUGUUCGGCGACGUGAGGGCCGUCCAGAUGGAGAGAGUGAGACAGGGGAUUGUGACCGUCUAUUUCUACGACCUCCGCCACGCCAUGGCUGCAGUGGCCGAGAUUCAAGAACAGCACAUGCAGCAGCAGUACCGGCUGCGUCUCCACUACGAGUCAGUCAUGGCGGCUGCCCAUAGUUUCUCUCCGUCUCUGCCUCCACCGCCGGCGCCUCUCCCGGCCCGCGGACUCAUCGCCGGGGCGGCGGUGUGGGCUCAGUUCACCGUCCCGGACGUACAUGCCGUCGCAGACGGGAGUAAUCAAGGGUCACUCAUCAUAUUAAACUUGGAUACCCACGUUUCCCCUUCUCACAUCAGAGAUAUUUUCGAAUCAUUUGGGGCGGUGAAGGAAUUGAGAGAGUCGCCGGUGAAAAGGAACAAAAGGUUCGUGGAAUUCUAUGAUGUAAGGGAUGCGGCAAGAGCAUUGUCGGAGAUGAAUCACAAAGAAAUAAAUUCCAAGAAAAUCUUGAUUCAAUACAGUAGACCCGGCGGGCCCGCCAAAUCCACCCCCAGAAUUCUCCCACCGCCGGUGGCGGCGGCGUCAUUUCCGCCGCAUAGGGCGGCGUCAAUGCCGCAUCCCAGAUGUUAUGGCGGCGAGAAACUUAUGAGCAACCCGAAGGGAAAAGAAGGGUCAAUUCAAGAAUCAAUGGCUUCUUUGUGUUUAACGAGUGGUAAUAGCAACUGGGAUGGAUCAUCUUCUUCUUCGUCUUCGUCGAAGCAAAAUAGGAGGGCGAAUAAUAGGCGAUCUUGGAAAGGGGGAAAUAACAAUAAGAAUCACAAGGAUCAUGAUGAUCCUCGGUUCUUGAUAAACGAGGACGCCAUUUCUGAAGCUGACUCUGGAGAUUCAAGAACCACUGUAAUGAUCAAGAACAUACCCAACAAAUACAGCCAGAAGCUGCUGCUGAACAUGCUGGACAACCACUGUAUUCACUGUAACGACCAGAUUGCCGGCACCGACGGCGGCGGCCGUGAACUCCCUAAAUCCUCAUAUGAUUUCGUUUAUCUACCUAUUGAUUUCAUUAACAAGUGCAACGUUGGAUAUGGGUUCGUGAACAUGACCUCCCCGCAGGCCACAUGGAGGCUCUACAAAGCAUUUCAUCUCCAAUCCUGGGAAGUCUUUAACUCCAGAAAAGUCUGCCAAGUCUCUUAUGCCCGAUUACAAGGGUUGGAAGCACUGAAAGAGCAUUUCAAGAACUCGAAGUUCCCGCGGGACGCGGAGGAGUACAUGCCUGUGGUGUUCUCUCCCCCGCGAGACGGGAAGACGUUGAGCGACCCGGUCCCGAUAGUUGACUGCCCAGUUCUCACCAGUAGUUCCCAAAACCACAAUGGGAGUAUGGAUGACCAUGAUCGCUGCAGUGGAGAUGGGUGAAUGACCAAAGAAGAACUGAAAUGCUACUACACUAGAGGGGUUGGGGAGGGGGGUUGGGUUGGGUGGCACACUAAGGUAGCUGCUACUUUCUUGAUUCUUCUGUUAAUAGAAAAUAUAUAUGUCCAGUCCUAGUCAGCAUCCAUCACACCAGGUAGUAGCAACCAAUGCCACCACCCACCCAGUGGUGGUGAGGCUCUCACCACAGACCUGAGACUUGACUCAGUGUACUACUAACGUACUACUGAUGGCUGCCAGGCAAUUCACUUUGUCAGUCUACUUAUUAGUGGCCUGCAUUUGCUGCCUCUUUUCAUUUUUAUAUCAGCACCAGGAAUGUUUACCUUAACUAUUGUGUGCUCUAGGUUUGGUUAGGUUACGAUUUGGGCAAAAUUCAAAAGAAUAAGUCUUAGUUUCAGCAAUUCAUCAAC